AUGUCUUUCGAAAAGACGUCCAAGGCUCUCGACUCCUACAACGAGGAGCAGGUCGAGACCAUUGUGGAGAGCAGAAAGAGCACAUCAGAAAAGGUCACCGAACUCAGCGGCAUCGAGGCCACGGCGGCAUCCAAGGCGGCCUGGUUGAUCUCCAUUACUGUUUCCAUUGGUGGUUUCCUUUUCGGAUACGACACUGGAUAUAUCUCUUCGGUGCUCGUUACAAUUGGAACAUCCCUCGGCCACAAAUUGAGCUCAAGCGAACAAGAACUUGUCACCUCGUUGACAAGCGGAGGAGCUCUGGUCGGCGCUGUGUUUGCCGGUCUCUCUGCCGAUCGCUAUGGUCGCCGCUGGCCCAUCUGGGGAGCUUGUCUCCUUUUCGUGACCGGCACCGUCCUCCAAACAUGCGCGUAUCACGUGGGGCAAUUUGCCGUUGGCCGGUUCGUGGUCGGUCUGGGUGUCGGUUCAGCGGCCAUGAUUGUCCCUUUGUACAUCGGUGAACUGGCACCGGCCAAAUAUCGUGGACGAAUGAUUGCCUUCAACAAUAUGAGCGUCACCUUUGGGCAAUUUGUCGCCAGCGCGCUUGGUGCCGCCUUCGAGCACGUACCCGGAGAAGGGUGGCGAGCAACCGUCGGUAUCGGAGCUGCUCCACCCAUCCUUCUGGCGGGCCUCCUGUUGCUCUGCCCUGAAUCUCCAAGACAGCUGGUCGCUCACGGAAAGCAUGAUGCCGCAGGAGCCGUGUUGUGCCGUAUCUAUCCUACGUCCACGAGUGAGCAGCGUCAAGCCAAGAUCGAAUCGAUCGAAAUGUCCAUCCACGUGGCCACUGAAGCCAUGUCCGACGAUUCCCUCUGGAUCACUUUCAGCCGAAUUUUCACCACGCCCUCGACCGGACGGGCAGUGUUGACAGCAUGCGUGAUCAUGGCCAUAUCUCAACUGGGGGGGUUCAACACUUUGAUGUAUUACGCGGCUACUUUAUUCUCGAUUGUCGGCUUUACCAAUGCCACCGCCGUGGCGAUUACCGUCUCCGGAACGAACUUUGUCUUUUCGAUUGUGAAUCUGGUCCUCGUGGACAAAUUUGGCCGUCGAAUCAUCCUCGCCGUUACAGUCUUCGGGAUGUUCACCUGCAUGCUAGUCGCUGCUAUUGUAUUCCAUUGGAUCCCCAUCAACAAGGACUUGGUUUUGGAGUCGAACAACGUGGGCUGGCCGGGUAUUGUGGUUUUGGUUACCAUCAUCUGCUAUGUCGCAUGCUUUUCCUCCGGUGUGGCCACUAUUGCUUGGAUCGGCACCGAGCUCAUUCCUCUCGAAGUUCGAGCUGUCGGAACUAUGCUGAACACCGUCACCUGCUGGUCCACCAACAUCAUCAUCGCCUCUACCUUCCUUUCCAUGAUGAAGGGCAUGACGCCUAGCGGCGCCUUCGGAUUCUAUUGCGGUAUCUGCUUCUUCGGUUGGGUCUUUAUUGUCUUCUGCUACCCCGAAUGCAAAGGCAUGCCCCUCGAAGCCGUUCGAGAAGUCUUCAGGAAAGGAUUCGGAGUCAGGUACUCCAAGCAGUGGCAGCGAGAGAAUAAGCAUAUGGCAAAGGUGACGGUCAAUACUUCCUUUGGACACUGA